GCUGUCUGUCAUUGUCAACUGUCACAGAGUUGUCAAAGUGACGUCUCAAAAUUCAAUCAACAAAUUUAAACAAUUUUAGAAAAAUGCUGUAAAAUAACAAAUAAUUAAAAUGAACCGAUGGAAAUACACAACUCCUUUACUUCUAGACAAUGAAUCAACUCUAACCAGCGAAAAAAACGUCAGAUUGUAUGAUGGUGAUCAAAAGACAUCCUUUGAAGGCGGCGAACUCAUUAUAACCACACACCGAAUACUGUGGGGGCGCCCUGGUGCAAUAUCGAAAGGCCAAACCUGCCUAGCUUUAAAUUUAGCAUUAAUCGUCUACAUUGAAGAGGAAUCCCCAAGUGCUUUCAGCUUCAGCCGCUCUAGAAAAGUCGUCUUGCAUUUAUCAGAACCAACAGAUUAUGAACAAGACAAACCACAACAGACUAGCAUUUACAACUUUAUAAAAUUAUCAUUCAGAGAAGGGUUUAAUUCAAACGUGACAGGCAUACUCAAUGAUUGUAUCCAGCGAAAACAUUGGGAAAUCUUUCCACAACCAACCGCUGUAGAACCCCAAAAACACGCCCCACAGAUAAAACUGCGAACUGGAAUUGUAGGCAUCGAACGCAGUUUGCAAGAAAAGCAAAAAGCCGCAGAUGAAAGCAUAUCAGUGGCUUUUCAAGAUUUAAGUAAGCUGAUGAUCAUGGCGAAGGAUAUGGUGCAGAUAUCGAGGACAAUUUCUACAAAGAUUAAAGAAAGACAAGGCGACAUCACAGAGGACGAGACUGUGCGUUUCAAAUCAUACCUACUGAGUUUAGGUAUCGAUGAUCCAGUUACUAGGAAUUCAUACAAAACUGAUAACCAAUACUACAGAAGCUUGGCUAAACAAAUCUGCGAUUUUUUGCAGUCACAUAUUGAAGAAAUGGGGGGUAUGAUGGCGUUGACGGACGUAUUUUGUAGAAUUAAUAGAGCGAGAGGGUUGGAAUUGCUGUCUCCAGAAGAUAUUUUGAAUGCUUGUCAAAUAAUGGAGUCCAUGGAGUUGCCUUUGAAGUUGUUUGAGUUUAGUUCUGGAGUGAGAGUUUUGCAGCUUUCUACUUUGGACAGUGAAAGUGUUGCAGAGGCGACAGCGAUUUUGCUUGAUGAUAAAGGUUCAUUGUCGUCCGAAGAAUUGGCUCAGGCUCUGGGAAUUUCUUUUACUAUAGCUAAAGAAAGGUUACUUACGGCUGAGAAGUGUGGGAAGUCAUGCCGAGAUGAUUCAAUUGAAGGCCUAAGAUUUUAUCCUAAUCGAUUUUUGGCAGAGUGAAUGUUACUACUUGUGAUUUUUUUUAUUGUAUACCUGCCAUUUUAAACUAUUAUUUUUUGCAAUUAAUAUCAUUGUGUACAGUUAUUACAAGUAAUAAAUAUUUUAGAAUAUAUUCUUUGGCUGAUAA